CGUCGCGGCGGCCCAAGAUGGCGCAGACGGUGAACGUGGGGGAGCUGCCGCUGCCGCAGCUGGAGCUGCUCAAGGGGCAGCUGGAUCAGGAGGUGGAGUUCCUCUCGUCCUCUAUUGCUCAGCUCAAGGUGGUGCAGACCAAGUAUGUGGAAGCCAAGGACUGCCUCAACGUGCUCAACAAGAGCAAUGAAGGGAAGGACCUGCUGGUGCCCCUCACCAGCUCUAUGUAUGUCCCAGGGAAGCUCUCGGAUGUCGAGCGUGUCCUGAUCGAUGUCGGAACUGGCUACUAUGUGGAGAAGACAGCAGAUGACGCCCGAGACUUUUUCAAGCGGAAAAUCGACUUCCUGACGAAGCAGAUGGAGAAGAUCCAGCCAGCACUGCAGGAGAAACAUGCUAUGAAGCAGGCCGUGGUGGAAAUGAUGAGCCAGAAGAUCCAGCAGCUCACGGCCUUGGGAGCCACGCAGGGUGCGACCACCAAGGCUUAGCCUUCAGCCUCACAGGCCCCCCUCCUCGCCAUUGCCGCUGGGAUGGGAGCCGAGGCUGGAGGGAGCCGUGGGGUGCAGCGCAGCCCCCGACCCCAUCCUGGCUCUCUCUGUCCUGGUUCUCCAGCGCCUCUUUCCACCCCCAUGGUGCCCGGCAGCACCAGCCCCCACUUUUUGUAGGCAGCAUCUUGCUGCCGCGGUG